AUGGCGGACGAGCUCGCCGAUCGCUUUGAGCAACAGGCGUCGGUGCGUCCUCCAAAGGGCAAAGGCCGCAGUGGAGGUGGCGGCAAGGGACGGAGCGGAGGCCCAGGGCAGGGCAGGGACGUGGACAUCUCACGAGCGCUAUCACGCCUCCUGCGGCACCAGGCCGAGAAUGCAGGAAUCAAGCUCGACAAGGAAGGCUUCGCACCGCUAGAUCGCGUGCUGAAAUGGGGCCCGCUGCGCACGCUGGAGGUGUCGUUCGCGGAGGUGCGCAAGGCUGUCGAGGACUCGGACAAGCAGCGGUUCAGCCUGAAGCCGAACCCGGCGACAAACCCGGAGCUGGAUGAGAGCUCAGAAGACCCGGCGGACUGGAUCAUCCGCGCCAACCAGGGCCACAGUAUCAAGCUCGAGUCCGAAGCGAUGCUGAAGCCAGUGACGCUUGAAAUGGACAAUAUACCGCCUACCGUCGUUCAUGGCACCUACUUCGCGUUCUGGCCGAAGAUCUUGAGCAGCGGCGGUUUAAAGAAAAUGGGCAGAAAUCAUGUUCAUUGCAGUAGGGGUCUGCCAGAGGAUAAGGAGAACGUCAUCAGUGGAAUGCGGAAAGAUGCCGAGCUUCUCAUCUAUAUCGAUGUACGGCGAAGUCUAGAAGACAAAGCCAUGACAUGGUGGAUGAGCGACAAUGGAGUUCUGCUCUCAGAGGGCGAUGAGAAUGACGUUGUGUCAACCAAAUAUUUCAAGGAGGUGGUGGGAAGGAAAGAAGAUGUCGGUCUUUUGUGGCAAGACGGCGAGCAAGUUGCAGAGCUGCCGAGCCAUGUCAAAGGUCGACCGCCUCCCUCCAAAGGGGGUGUAGGUGGCAGAGGAGGUCGUGGGGGUCGAGGAAGAGGUGGUGGCUCACGAUGA